UGACAGUCAACUAAAAAAUACAAACGAUAGCUGCACUUUCACAAUUUUUAAAUAUCAUUAAUUAAACAAUUCAAAAAUCUUUAUUUAUCGAAAGGAAUAUGCCCGCCUGUUCGGUUCUGAAUUGCAAGAGCCGAUCGGAGUUGGGCAUUCGGCUCUUCGGUCUCCCGCAAGGCGAACGAAACGAAGACAGAAGGAACGCUUGGAUAACAAACAUAAACAGAAAAUGUUUGCCUACCAACGUAUUCGUUUGUGAAAAACAUUUCCAGCAAGACCAGUUCGAAAACAACAGGAGAGACGGCAGAAGGCCUUUAAAAUACAACGCUGUUCCUACCUUAUUCGAUUUCAAACCAGAAAAAAGAUUAACUAGAGGCUACAAAGCUUCAACUAAGAAACGAAAAUCCAAACAAUACUCAUCAGAUGACACCGACGAAGAAGAAUUCACUUUCGAUUACACCAAAUGCAGAGCAUGUUUGGCUGUAAUCAAGACAACCGAAGGCCACGUUCUAACUAAGAAACUAACGGGAGGCACUUUGAGAGAAAAAAUUUGUACAUUCAUUCCGGAACUAUCGACGAGUCUCUUAAAUGAUCAACACAUCUGCGAAGAAUGCUUCGAAUCGCUGGUACAAUUCAUCAGGUUCCGCGACACUUGCUUGGAUUCCGAUGAGAAACUUCGAAACGGUGAAACUUUAACCGUGAAAGUGGACAGAAACGGAUCUCCCGUUGAACUGGAGACCGAAACGUACAAAAAAGGAAAAGGCUGGGAGGCGGUCGAGCGUCGUUAUAAAACUCGCAGUGUUAAUAAGAAGAAACAAGUUCUUAAUGAAUGUAAAACGGUUAAUGUUGAAAAUCACGAGAAUAGCAAUGAUGUCGAGAAGGACUCACAGCCAGAGCCUAUAAGAAAGAGAGGAAGACCUAGGAAAAAAGAAAUUGUUAAAGAUGUAAUUAAUACAAACGAUAGCAGCAAUGAUGUGGAACCGAUUAUAUCAGAUAACGAAGACAAAAUGAGCGUUGAACAGAAAGAAAACUCAUUGAAAACAGAUUCCGAUACCGUCGACAACCAACUCGAAGACAAGGACGAUAAAACGAAAAUAUUCUCGGAGCACGACUAUUCGUACGAGAGUUUCUCUUGUCCCGAAUGCCGCAUGGACUAUCGCACCAUAAAAGGCAUCAAAAACCACUUGGUAAAUUUCCACAAAAUCCUAGACGAUCCGGAGUACGCAUGCGCCGAAUGUCCCAUCAAACUCCAACGUUUCCAGGACAUGCUAGAUCACAGAUCGACUCACGGAUACGCCUGUACCUUCUGCGACAAAUCAUUUCCGAGUCCAGAUGAACUGGCUGAGCACGAGCCGGACCAUCCGGAGAAAUUUCACUGCGCGAAUUGCGGACGAGCGUUCGAAAAGGAAGGCGACUUGACGAAACACGCGGCGCUGCACGAGGUGUUGUCGAAAAUAAAAUUAAUGAUGGCCAAAAGGCGGGAUUCGCAGCAGCACGAAUGCACCGCUUGCGGUGAUUUGUUCCCGUCGAAACCCAAGCUGAAAGAGCACGUCAAAAUGGCGCAUUCGAAGCUCAAGGAAGUCGAUUACCCCGGCAAAUUUACCGGCGAUUCCUCGUUGAAUCUACACAGAAGGGCGAGAAAUUCGGACCACAAAACCUACCAGAACGUGAAAAAGAAAAGUAUACAACUAAUUUCGAUUGUUCGAUCCAACAUAACGGCUUCUAUUAUUGCAGAAAACGACUACGAAUGUUCAUUUUGUUCGCAAACUUUCCCAGCGAAGGAAUCGCUCGUGGCGCAUCUGCCGCUACACGAACACGAAAGGAAAUUCGAAUGUAACUAUUGCGGUAUCAAACUGAACGAUAAACGGGCGAAAACCGCCCACGAGGACUCGCACAAAUCGGACGUCGGCCACCAAUUCCUGUGCAUGACGUGCUUCAAGAGAUUCCCCAACGAAGCGGACCGACGAGCCCACGAAGCGGCCCAUUCGAACGCCUCGGAGCAAUUCAAUUGCUGCCUCUGCGAUCUACGAUUCGCUCGAAAGUUGCCGUUAGAUAACCAUCUGUUGGACGAUCACGCCGACGCUCGGGCCGACGGCAACGAGAAAAACGUCAAAGUGUUCAAGAUCAAAUGGCAAAAUAGAGGCGAACUCGACGGCGACGCCGACGAAUUCGUCAUCGAAGAUGUCUGUCAAAGCGAACAAACGAGGCCUCGAUACGACGAAGCGGGCGCCGAUAAAACUAUCGUGGUCAUUUUGGACGAUGAAAAAAUAACGCAAGAAAAAUCUUAAGUUCACAACUUACACGAACUGUUGUGGUAUCCAAUAAUCGAUUCAAAUAUAUAUGUAAAUGUAUAAAUACUUUAUUAAUCCGUAUCCAUUACAGGUUCGGCGUCUUCGAAGUCCCUGCACUUGGCGUGCUGCAAUUCCCUGCGAACCUCCGGCGUUACCACCGGAUGGUUUUGCUUUUUCAGCAAUUCCAACAGCGCCUCGCGUUGCUCCGUCGAUAUAUCGGCCUUGUAUCGCUGCACGAAAGCCAAUAAGGCUUGGUGCCACAGCACCGGCAAGUCCCUCUUGUCGCUUUGGAACCGUACGAAGUGAAACACGCAAGCGUCCACCACCCUGUACGGCAGGGCGUACUUUUUAUCGAACAGUAUCCGCAGGAAGAUCGAAUUGGCCCCCGUGUAAUCCAUCUCGGCGAUUUUCAAAAGCGCCGCCGACGAAUGCAAAAUGGGCACCGAAUUUUUCGCUAAAACCGAGCCUAUAAUGAUGGCUUCUCUUAAAGUGCAGUUGCCGCUUUCGAGCAGAGGGAGCAGGAUGCCCUUCAUGAAGGCCCCCGGCUUGAACAGAGACUUCCUCAGCGCUUGGUACAAAUGGAAGUUGAGUCGUUUGUAUUCGGCCAAAUCGUCUCGAACGCGAGGCAACAACACUAGAUUGUAGAAUCUCUGCGCCAUGUUUUCCUUCAAGUUCGAAGCGAAUAUCCUGGUGGCCUGGUACAUGGCGGCCGCCGACCAGCCGGGCGGGUCGGUUAUGUACAAAAUUUGUUCCCAGUUUUUUAGUUUCGGUAUUAUUUUGAAGGCUUUAGGGAGCUUGCCGCUUCGGUAGGUUUUCAACACGUCCCUGACGCCCUCGUACAUUUGCCUGACGUUCGGGUCCAAGUCCUGCAUUUGCAGGGAACCGGCGUCGGUGAAGUGGGUAUCGAGCUCCGUGUGUUUCUCGGUUAUUUUUUCCAUGAUGAUAUCCGCUAGGGUCCUUCUCGGUAGGGGGUUUUUGCUCAUGAAGGUGUCGAUGGCGAGUUCGUCUUCUUCGUUGAUUUCGAUGUUAUCGUAAAAGGAGGAGUCUAUGGCGUUGUCUUCGGGCUCGCUAGCCGAAUCGUCCGUGUCCAUAUCGCCGAAAUUUACGUGGGGUUUUUCCUUCGUAGGCUGACGGUGAGUGUCUUCCAGUUCGCGCUGUUGGUUCCGGGCUGCCGACAGUAUUUUACGGGACAACGUGGAAUCAACGAAUUGCUCCUCGUCAUCUUUCCUGAGCCGAAUUUUGUUGCGGUUUUUGGAUUUGGCGAAUUUCGUGUUGUGAAUGUCUUGCUCUAAUGGAAGGUUUCGGACGGUUUGCCCGGUUUGUUUCUUAGUUUUGCCCAUUUUUAAUAGUUUUCGAUAAAUCUACAAACAACACGAUCGCACGUGUUAUUAAAUAAUUUGACAUUGACAAAUGUCAUUAUCUUCUUUUUUAUUUGAUUGUCAAAUAACCAGUUGAAUGGAUGUUAUAGAAGUAAGA